AUGACCAGUGACGACAAGAAGCAGAUUGAGAUCUCAAACCUCGGCAAAGUAGCUGCUCAUGUCCCCGACCUCAUAGUGUAUGGCGAUUUCUCCCAGGAAGUGCCUUUCAUCGAGAGCUUCGAUGGCGUGCUGCUCUUUGUGGACAUUUCAGGAUUCACGGCGCUGACUGAAAAGUUCAGCAUGACCACCAACCUCGACCGCAGUGCCGAUGAGCUAACACUGGCCCUUAAUAACUAUGUGGGAGACAUUGUGGAAGAGGUGUUGGUGUUCGGAGGAGAUGUCUUGAAAUUUGCAGGGGAUGCAUUGCUGGCACUCUGGAAGGUGGAGCGAUGCCAUAUAAAUGAUAUCAUCACUCUGGCUCUGAAAUGUAGCUUCAGCAUCCAGCAAGAGUACGGGGUUCGCGAUACGGAGGUGGGACUGGAGCUGCGCGUUAAGAUAGGACUAUCUGCAGGUCACAUCUCAAAAGUUGUGGUCGGAGACAACAGGCACCAGUAUUUCCUGGUAAUCGGUCGGGCAGUGGAUGAAGUGCGGUUGGCCCAGAACUUGGCGAAAGCAAGUGAAAUUAUCCUGUCGCCAAACUGCUGGGAGCUCUGCGACCGGAAAUUAAUUGAGGUGGAAAAAAUCAAAGAUGAGCGAGCUGUCAAGUUUCGAUACAUUAGAAAUACCCUGGAUUUUGACGCUGAGGAGUUCUUUGAUAGAUGCACACAGCACCUGUACCAAAAUCGCAUCUGUGACAAUUUUGAGAUUUUGAGAAACGCCUCUGUCUUGCCUCCAAAUGACAAACUUGAGAAGUGUUUGAGAAAAUACGUGAUGAGGAAUAUCCUAAAGAAGAUUGAUGACAACCAGCCCCUGGAAUACUUAUCAGAGCUUCGACCCGUGACGAUCGUCUUUGUGAAUUUGCAGUUUGACGAAAGCGCCAACACUCACCAUCUCUGUAAGGCCAUCCAGGAUGCCAACACGAAGAUUGCGGCGAUCAUAUACCCGCUCAGUGGCAAGAUUAACAAGGUCUUCAUGUUUGACAAAGGUUGCACGUUGCUUUGCAUCUUUGGCCUCCCUGGGGAUAAACAGUCUGACGAAGGUGCAAAUGCCCUGGACAGUGCCAAUAAAAUCCAUGCUUUCUGUUCCACGGCACUCAUGAAAGUAAGGCUUGUCUCCAUUGGAGUCACCAGUGGGCCUGUUUUCUGUGGGGUAGUUGGCCAUCGUUUGAGACAUGAAUACACAGUCAUCGGCCGGAAAGUGAACCUUGCGGCCCGGAUGAUGAUGUAUUAUCCCGGGGUAGUGACCUGCGAUGCCGUCACUUGCGUCAAAUCCAAGUUGCCAUCCUAUUUCUUUGAAGAGCUCCCGUUAAUUGAGAUGAAAGGUGUUCUGAACCCUGGAACAGUCUAUAAAUUUCUUGGGGUCACGGAGAAAACAAUGAUUUACAAAGCAUAUCUGAGCAGAGAGAGAUGUGAAUAUUACCCUUUGCUAGGCCGCAAGAAGGAGACGGACCUCUUUGAAAACUUGCUGGACGAUUUUAAAGUCAAGAGGAAAAGCCACAUUAUCAUCUAUGAAGGCCUCAUGGGAUAUGGAAAAAGCCAGCUGUUGGCUGAGAUUGCCUUCUUAGGACAGGAAGCAGGCCACAGGGUUGUGGCGAUGGAGCUCACAAAGAUCAAUGUGUGGCAGAACUUCUUUGUCAUCCGGACCCUCAUGGCUAUGUUUCUGGGGAUUGAUACUUGCAAGACCUACGAUGCGAGACAGUAUAUCCUUGUGACCAAAAUCCGAGGAAUAGUUAAGGAAGAGUAUUUCUGCCUUCUCAACAAUCUCUAUCACGUUAAGUUCCCCACAUCAGAAGAGGUUUCCAAAAUGAGCAAUGACACAAAGAAUGAAAAGCUGGAAGAAAUUCUCUUCAAGAUUCUAAAGAAUGGAGUGAUGAAAGAAGUUCUCAUUUUUGUCAUUGAUGAAGCUCAGUUCAUGGAUCCGGCCUCGUGGGACUUCCUGGAGAACUUGCUAAGGAAUAUCGGUAUCUUUGUGGUCAUGUCGCUGUCUCCAACAACCCGCAGGGGGAGACUGCCUUGCGCUGCCGCAGCGCGGCUCAUGAGCAGCGAAGACACCACCUACGUUCAGCUAAGGGAGUUGACUCCUUCAGUCAUUGUUCAGAAGGCCUGCCAAGAUCUUGGGGUGGUCAGCAUUGCCAGGGAGCUUGAGACGUUCUUAAUACAAAGAAGCCACGGGAACCCAUUGUACUGCGAGGAGCUUCUGCGCAACCUCCACUUAAACAACGUGCUUCAGUUCCACAUGCUAGAGGAUGACGAAGAGAGAGAAGACGAGUGGGACAACCUUUUCACUGUUACUGCUCUCAAGACUCAAACCUCCAAAACCUCCAGGGAGUCGGAUUCGUACAUUUGCACCAUCACACAGAACGUGAAGAUGCACAAUAUAAUGCUCCCUCCGACAUUAAAAGGGAUUGCUCUGGCUGAGUUGGACAACAUGAACCCUUCUGAGCAGAUGGUGGUGAAAUGUGCAGCUAUUAUUGGUGCGACCUUCUCUACAGAGUUGCUGUUUCACAUCCUCCCUGAAUGGACCAAAAUGAAGAUGAACCAGACCUUGGCAGCCCUGGUGGAAUCUCACAUCUUCAAGUGUUUUGAUGAAAGGAAAGAAAUGAACGCUAACCAAAUUCAGGACGAUCUUUCCAAUGAGCUCUGCCUCUCCAUCAAAGCUGUGAAAUCAAUGGGACAAGAGUCCGAUCUUGGACUGGUUGUUGCCAACAGGCUCCAGCAAGAAGAGUCCGUGAUGCAGUGUAAGGUUAUGGGGUUUUGCACACCCCUGCUGCAAGAAGCAGCCUACGAGCUGUGGCUGAAGAGCCAGAAGAGAGCCCUGCACCUCAAAUGCGCCAGCUACCUGGAGUCCCAGGCUCACCGAUGCCUGUGCUGUGGAGGAGGAGACUUCAUCCCCUUCCACCGCUAUGCCGUGGAAGGCAUGCUGCGCAACAUAGACCUGCAGAGCACACAAAAAAAGAGCAGCAAGGAAAGCAUCCUGAACGAGGCCGCCAUGGUCCUCGUUUCCGAAACGUUGAAAAAACUGGAGCAAGCAGAUCAAGGAGGUAAAAGUCAUGCCCUUAGCAGAGCGGAAGAUACAGAAAUGAAGUUUUUAGAGAGGAUGGAUGAAAUCAUCAUGCUUACUGAGAUGGGCAAGAAAAGAAUCAAGAACUUGAGCUCCUGUGAAUGUGAAGAGAUUGUGGAGUACAUCACCAUCCCUUUGUCUCAACACUGCGUUGCUGUGGAAGAUACUGCUCGGGCCCUUUAUUAUUUGUUGGAGUCUGCAUGUGGUUAUGUCCACCUUUCCAACAAUUAUAUGGCUUUUACGUAUCUGAACACAGCAGAGCUCCUGCUGAAAUCUGUGAGUCCCAAGCAAAGAAACAUUAGCUUGUUUGAGGAGUCAGUAUUGCACAGCCUCAAGGGAGAGGUCUCUUACAACAUGGGUCAAAUCAAUCUGGCAAAAAAACUGAUGAAGAAGGCUUUGAGUUUAUUGAAGACACGCUUCCCAAUAACCAUUGUGGGAGCCUUUAUCAAGUCCAUGGUGGAAACGUCCAAACACAGGUCUCAUCAGAAGAAGCCGGUUUCUUGGCAAAUGUCCAGUGGCAGGGAGAAGAAACUAGCUGUUCUGUACCAGCAAGGGCACUGCCUUUCCCUGCUGUGGCAGCUCUUCAGCUUGGAUCUUGCCACCAGCAGCAAAAAGUUCUCCCGCUUAGCAGCUCUCAUGAAUGUGAACUGCGCAGAGGAAUCUCAAGACGAGUCCCAGAUAAUCUCCUCCUACAUGGAAUUCUCACUCUGCUGUCAGCUGAUGGGCCACCAGCAUGAAUGGAUGAAAUAUGAGUUAAUGGCUAUCCGGCGUAGCACACACCUUCGAGUUGUUGGAGAAGAGCUCUUAAUCAUAGCUAAGCUGGCAAUGUCACUAGCCUACAUGAAGCUCUGCUUGGGGAACUUGCCUUUAGCUGUCCAGCUUGGUUAUCGGGCACAUGAGCUGUGUGUGCAACUGAAGAAGCCCAAACUCGACUGCAUUGUUCUCAACGACCUUUUCAAUGCUCUUUUUCUCAGGACAAGAUACCAGGACUCUGUGCAUGUGCUGAGCUGGCUGGGGGAGUUAUCCACCCGAGAUGAUAAUGUCAUUGGGCAGGCCCUCUUUGUGACCGGCUGUCUCGAUGUCAUGCUUUAUGCUGGUUUUGCCUGUAAGUCCUUUGACUACUGCCUGGACUUUGUUUUGAACAAUCACAUGAACUGCAUACUUAUGUCUCAAAACAGCAUCAUGCUUGGCCUGUAUUCUUCUCUGGCGAUUUGGUUUGGCAGACUUCAAGAGUGGGAUGACUUCAUCGAGCUGUUUGAACAGGCGAGAAGGUUGGUGAGGAGAACGAGUGCUUCGCUUUAUGCUAACCAUGGAUUCUGCAAGUUUGUGGAGUGUGAGGCUCUGCUGCUGAGAAAAUAUAUCGAGGAAAGGCCCGAGAAGGCUCCUGAGAUGCGCAACAAGAUCAUAAAAAAUUUGGAACAAGCAAGUACUCAGUGCUCCACAAGCCCCAUCUACUAUUCCAGGGUUUACCAUAUGAAGGCCUACGUCCAACUGAUGCUUGGGCAGGAUGAAAACAGCCAAAGCUUCCUUGAGAAGGCAUUUGAGGACAGCGAGGUGUAUGGAAACCAUUUGGAGCAAUCCUGGCUGGAAAUUACCAAGGAGUGGUGGUUCACUGGAAAAUGUCCCAUGGAAGACUACUGGUUAAAGACGGCUCCUAAUUUUCCCAUAUGGGAAGUAGGAAGGGCAGAGAAAGACAUGGGAGCCUUCCAUAAAAACAAGUAUCUGCUGAAUGUGCCAGAGCUGGACAUAGACAAUCCAUUCCCAUCCUCAGUGAGUGAGGAAGAGAUAAGCUGA